AAUCUCAUCUCUCACAUCUACUGAUCCACUCUUACCUUAGUCUUUUUGUCGUGACGAAGUACAAUUCUUCCACGCUAAUCUGACCCAUAAUUUUGUUCUUCAUUGAUUAUACAGAUUAUAUUUAAAACUGAUUAAAAAAAAUGACAGAGCCAAUAUUAACGGAGGAGGAAUUGACGCAAAAACAUAAGAAGGAACGAAAGGAGUUGCAAGCGCAGAUACAAACUUUGAAGAAGUCUAUUUGCAAAGGUGACAAGAAGAAGAAGAAAGAGAUUGCAGAAGAGAUAGGGCGCUUAGAGGAAAAUUUAGAAAAACAACAAGCGGAUGAGUUGAACGUAUGGAAAUUGGUACAUGUUACUUUGAACAAUCAACAGACAAAACCUACACAAAUAAGCGAAGAAGUUGAUAAGGACAACAGUUGUUUGGAACAACCAACACACAGAAUUUCUAAAGCGCAGAAGAGAAGAGAAAAAAAGGCAAUUGCAGAAAAGGAACGCAAUCAGAAAAUCAUCGAGCAAGAGGCACUUAACAUCUUUGGCAAGAGGAAUGUUGAAAUGGAGGCCAUUAAGGAAAUUCUUUCCAAGCGGAAUUUGAUGGUCUAUGAAAUCCCUAGCGAUGGCCACUGUUUAUAUAAUGCAGUGGCACAUCAACUCAAGAUAAAUGGGGAAACACCUCUGAGUUUAGAUGAUCUCAGAAUAAAGACUGCUGAUUAUUUGAGAAAAAACAUGAACGAUUUUCUACCAUUUCUCUCCAAUCCAGAUUCUGAAGAUCUAUUGACGCCCGAAGAAUACGAAAAGUAUUGCAAUGAUGUGGCUCAAACAAGCGCUUGGGGUGGCGCUGUUGAGCUGCAAGUGUUGUCACAUAUAUUGAAAUGCCCAAUCGAAGUCAUACAAGCUACAGGAGCACCUUACAUCAUCGGAGAUGAAUACAACAACGGUAAAAAGGUAACAUUGACUUAUCAUCGUCAUAUGUACGAAUUAGGUGCUCAUUAUAAUUCCGUUACAAAAUGCGUUCAGGAUGAGGAAAGUUGAUGAAAGUUUUUAAGUCUCUAGAUCUCUAUGUUUAUAUUGUUUGCAAUUGUUUUCAAGUUAUAUUACCAAAUGAUUUAAUUAAUUAUGUAUCUCGAUUCACGAAUGUGUGCUUUUAUUAAUCAAUAAAUUAAUUUGUCCUGUAGGGAAAAAGAACUAUAAAUUAUUUUUUAUGAUAAUAUUUUUAUCGAUAUAUAAAAUUAUAUAUAUAUAUAUAUAUAUAUAUAUAUAUAUAUAUAUAUAUAUAUAUAUAUAUAUAUAUAUACAUAUAUACAUAUACUAAAAAUGCUGCCAGCAAAAAGAAUAUUCAAUCUUCCAACAAGAAUCAUAUUUUUAAACUUUACAAUUAUUGUGCAAGUGAUUAUUAGCCAUUAAUGUUUAUAAAAAAAAUUCUUCAAAUGUGUUUAGUGACUAUUAAAAGAUUAAAUAUAAAAUAUAUCAUAAAUUUUACCAUAAAGCAAAAACCGAAAAAUUAUAUUCUAGAAUAAUUCAGAGGAAAUCUGCACUGAAAAUACAGUAUAUUACUAUUUGGAAUAAGAUUUAAUCUUAAUAAUCAUACACAUUUUAGGAAUUUUUUUCUAUAUUCAAUAAUUAAAUGAGAUACAUAUCAAUGAAUCAUCAGUAAAAUGUAUUUUCUUAAUCAUUUUAAUCCAGUUUAAAAGGUUGAUUUGCACAUUUAAACUAAAUAUGACUGCCAAGUUCUAAAUUCUAUUGAAAUAUAAAUAGUAAAUUCUAUAAGGAAGGCACACAUUUUUAUAUUUAAUCAUCUCAAAUUUUAUAUGCGGCAAAUAUAUGUUUUUUGUGUUCAUUACAUUGAAAAACUUAGCAAUUCAGAAUAAUUAUAUAUAAUUCUUAUAUACUAGGAUUAUCAUAUAUUCAUAUUUCAUAUUAAUUAAUAGUUGUAUAUGCAUCUCUCAUGUGACUCUUUUGUUAUAUGAAACAUGAACUUAGUUACAUUUGGUAUUAAAUGUACUAUAGAAAUUGGACAAUGAACUGUAGGAUGCUUUAGAUUCGACUGAAUUAUAAUUAAAAUAUUUCAGAGUUUUGAUGCUGUACGAAGUUGAUUUAAAGUUCCUGUGUUAUUAGCAAUUAAAUUUAUAUAGAAUAUUUAUAUACUUUUAACAUGGAUAUCAGACAAUAUAAAAUGCUGCCAGCAAAUAUUAUGCAAGUACUUAUAUAAGAUUCGAUGUUCUUCAGUUUUUUUUUCUUUUUUUUUCUUUUUUUUUUUUUUCCCAAAAGAAUAGAUGAAGGAUUUGUCGUUCUCUUUUCUAUUGUGCAUACUGUUCGUUUUCAUUGCAGUAGCUGUCGCGAAAUAUCGAACAGCUAUUAAAUCUGCGCCUAUAAACAACUUCCAGAAUUGCACUUUAAAAUUCAAUUCGGAAACAUUGUGAAACAGUAAGCUAAAGUAAAAUAGCAAAUUAGAUAUAAGAAAGAAUAAAAGUACUCUAAUUUAUUUUCGCUUGUAAAAAUUAAAUCUUUGAUCCCAAACUUUUGGAAUAGAUUCCUGUAGAUUCAUAGCAAGUUUCUCUCUACAACUUUGAAAUGCAGCUGAUAUUAGAGUAUUAGAAUGUUUCUUAUUUGGAAAAUGUCUUUCUUUAUUCCUCUUACAUACAGUUAGUUUUCUAAUUAAAUUCUUCUCGAAGAUGUAAUUAUAUAUCACAUUCCUAUUUAUAAUACAUGUAUAUAUAUAUAUAUAUAAAUUUUUUUUCCCCUAAGUUACAUGAGAAUAUAUUAAUAACGUUUUCUAGAAAAAUAAUAUAUUAAAUUGGUUUAUUAAUUUGAUCUUAUAUCUCACUAAUUGAGACAAUAUACUGGAGGCAUAAUAAAUAAUAGUCUGGAUACAUAAUCUUAAAAAAUCUAUUUGCUAUAAGAUAUAAUAAUAUAAUGAAGGAAAAAAAAGGAAAGUUACAUUGUGGAUGAUUUAUAAUUAUAACAUUAUAGGAAACAAGGAACAUUCUAAUUUAUACAUAUUUACACAUAAAUAAUGCUGUUCUCUUAUGUGUUCUUGCGAUUUUGUAAACAUUCGUUUUUAAUGAAUGUCUGUUCUGUAAUUGCAUACCAAAUAAAUAUAAUACACCAAA